AUGUUUGUUGUAUUGGAGAUUAACCCUCCUGGUGCGGCCACCAGUAAUAGCAAAUUGGAACAGGUCACUUUACCCAAAGAGAUAAUUCAAAAUGUAUCGGGCAUUGUAAUGCCUGGUCAAUUAUUGGCAAUCAUGGGCCCUAGUGGUGCCGGCAAGACAACCUUGUUGAAUUCGCUCACAGGUAGAAAUUUGAGCAAAAUGUCAGUCACCGGAGAUGUGCUGUUAAAUGGACGGCUUAGGGGACGGACUCCGCCCUAUAUAUCAUCGUAUAUCCAACAAAACGAAAUGUUUUAUCCGUUGCUUACCGUUAGAGAACAUCUCAUGUUUCAGGCUACUUUACGUUUGGGUGGAAAACUGACAUAUGCUGAGAGAGCCGAACUAGUUGAAAAUGUUAUUAACAAGUUAAACAUGAUAAAAUGUGCGGACAACAGGAUUGGCAGUGAGUCAACAUUUAAGGGCAUUUCUGGUGGCGAAAUGAAACGCUUCGAUGAGCCGACGAGUGGUUUGGACUCAUUUAUGGCCGAAAGUAUUGUACGGCUAUUGAAAUAUAUGGCUUCUGAGGGCCGGACUAUUGUCUGUACAAUACAUCAGCCGUCGUCUCAAGUGUUCGCACUUUUCGAUCACUUAUUACUUAUGACUAACGGAAGGCUCGCUUUCAUGGGCACCAGGGAUAAUGCAAAGGAUUUCUUUUCUUCUAUUGGUUAUUUGUGUUCUAUUAACCAAAAUCCGAGCGAUUAUUAUAUGAACCAAUUGGCUCUCACAUCGAACUCAGGUUCAAAAGAAAGGGUUAACGGAAUAUGCGAUAAAUACAUGGCCUCGGAAUACAUGACCGAUUUAUUAUGUAAAAUUGACCAAUCUAAACAUCAGCCGUCACAAUACGGGAACAAAUCACCACACGCCAAUCAACAGUUUGGCUCUAGCCCAUGGCAACAAUUGACCACUCUGCUAAUGCGAAACUAUUUAAUAUUAAUAAGAGAUACGAUGUUUAUUAAAACCGAACUUGUACAAUUUCUGGCUUACGCGCUAUUUAUAGGCUCGGUAUACCAUAAACAGUAUCCAAUAUCGUCUGAUGUGAGCAAUAUUAAUGCGGGCCUAUUCAUGAUCCUACUUCAAAACUCAAUGAGUGCUAAUCCAUUAAUGUGCAGACACAGGAUAUUCUGUACUGAAAUGUCAAUGGCUUAA